CGCAGGCACACAAAUGCUAGUAACGCCGGCAGGUCUGACUACUGGAGCUCUGUGUCAGCGCUGAAGACAAGCGAAGGAAACGCUCUCAUCGGAGACAGAGUGAAGCUUUGCCCAGUGAGGUCCGAGUAUACGACACCCAGAGGGAGCAGGCUUCAGUAGACUGAUGGACACACUGCACUAAUACACUCUCUGUCUGGAUCGCUGUCUGGCCGAUUGACACACUUGCUGAACACACACACUCACACUCACACUCACACACACUAACACACUCACACUACCACUCACACUCACACACACUACCACUGACUACCUGCAAGUGGGUGGGAUAAAUGGCUGACAAACAGAUCAGCUUGCCUGCCAAGCUGAUAAACGGGGGCAUCGCUGGCAUUGUGGGGGUGACGUGUGUGUUCCCCAUCGACCUCGCCAAGACCCGCCUGCAGAACCAGCAGAAUGGAUCUCGCCUUUACACCAGCAUGUCAGACUGCCUUAUCAAGACCAUCCGGUCAGAAGGGUACUUUGGGAUGUACAGAGGUGCUGCAGUGAAUCUGACCCUGGUCACCCCGGAGAAAGCCAUCAAACUCGCAGCUAAUGACUUCUUCAGGCAAUACCUGUCCAAAGACGGGAAGCUGACUCUAGUCAAGGAGAUGUUGGCAGGCUGUGGGGCAGGUACAUGUCAGGUCAUCGUCACGACGCCCAUGGAGAUGCUGAAGAUACAGCUGCAGGACGCUGGCAGGAUUGCCGCCCAAAGGAAGCUGAUGCCAGAGACGGUGGCCCCAGGGGGCCCUGUGGAGGUGAAGAGCCCGACCGCUAUGCAGAUCACACGAGAACUACUGCGCUCCAAAGGCAUCGCCGGCCUCUACAAGGGCCUCGGAGCCACACUGCUCAGGGACGUGCCGUUCUCCAUGGUCUACUUCCCCCUGUUUGCCAACCUGAAUAACCUGGGCAAGGGCGGGGUGGAGGGCCCUGCCCCCUUCUACGUCUCCUUCGUGUCGGGCUGCAUCGCCGGCAGCACCGCGGCCGUGGCCGUCAACCCUGUCGACGUGGUAAAGACCAGGUUACAGUCUCUGAAUCGGGGUAGUACGGAGGACACCUACUCCGGAGUGAGCGACUGUGUCAGUAAGAUCCUGCGUAACGAGGGUCCCGGCGCCUUCCUGAAGGGGGCGUACUGCCGCGCUCUGGUCAUCGCGCCGCUCUUCGGGAUCGCACAGGUCGUCUACUUCCUGGGCGUCGGAGAAGCCAUCCUCAGCUACCUGCCAAAGCGGGAAAAAUAGCCAAGCAGCUCCCUGCUCCCGACCGAUACGCCGCCCCACCCCCCCACCCCUCCACCUCCAAUCAUCACUACCCAUCAUGCACUGCACCAGACCUCAGCUCCACCUCAUCUCAUGACAGAAGCUUCUGAUUGGUGCAGGGUCAAGAUGUGAAGAGGACCAUCCACUUUUGGAGUUUUUUUUUAUGUGCUGAUUUGCUUUUAACUUGAUUUUGUUUGUUUGUUUUUUUGUCUUGUUUUGUUUGUUUGUUUGUUUGUUUGUUUGUUUUUUAUUUGGAGAUGGACAGUGUUGUCUUAGCCAUGCUGCCUGUGGAGGCCAUGUUGUCUGUGGCUUCCUGUUAGAACUCAAGGCCACAAAUUGCUCUGAUUGGCUGGAGUGGUCCAGAUCUGCUCACCUAUUGGCUGGAGAUCCUUUAUCCUUAUUUGGCUGUAGACAAAGAAAGCUCUCUCCCUCUCUCUCUCUCUCUCUUUCUCUCUCUCUCUCUCUCUCUCUCUCCCUCUCUCUACAAGCAUAAUAAUGGAUGAGAGUGAGUCUGCUAAAGUGUCAGGCAAAGCAAAACAGCAUCUCUUCCACUGAAAGCACCAGUCAGAGCCUCUCAAACGCACACACACACACACACACACACACACUCACACACACUCACACACACACACACACACACACACACACACACACACACACACACACACACACUCACACACUCACACACUCACACACACAUACCUGAGGGUGUUUGAAGCCUUCAGUGUGUCUGUGAGAAUUUGACAGCUCAUGGUGUUUCCAUCUCGCCAGUCUAUUUUGAUCCUCUGGGGCAUCCGUACCAGUCUCCAGCAUUUCACCCAGGCCUAGCCCUUCAGUGAUUGGCUCUUUUAAAUCUCCCCCGUCACCCCUGUAGUCACUUCAACAUGAACUGGCCUGUGGCUGCACUGAAGCCGUCGAUACAUUCCAAACUGGCGUUCUGUCCAAAUGAGAUUUUAAUUGGGAAACAAAUUGUCAUGAAUUUUGUGCAUGUUUUUCGAUGUUGUGUUGUUGUUGUUGUUGUUUUAAUGCCUGUGAAAGAGACCCGCGGCCGCCUGUCGCUCCCAUAUCAGCUUGCCCACACUGGCACAGGCACUCAUGGCCAGAUCCUCUCCAAUGUUGAGGCACAAAGUUUGUGUGUGUGUGUGUGUGCGUGUGUGUGUGUUGGUUGGUGUGUGUGGACAUGCGUGCCUUUAUGUUUGUGUGUGUGUGUGUGUGGGUGUGUGUGUGUGUGUGUGUGUGUGUGUCUGUGACUAAUGAGGGCCAUCUGGAGUUGAAUACUGCUCUGGCAUCUGAGUGUGUGUGUGUGUGUAUGUGUGUGUGAUCUGUGGAACCAUCACACACACUCUUUCUCUCAGAUGUGGGGCCUGAGAUGUGUGUGUAUGUGUGUGUGUGUGUGAUAGAGAGAGUGAGAUGCUCUGAAGUCGGAGCGGCAGGAAGCACUAACGAUUUAAACUUAACAUGAAGGAAAUCAUGACCAGAUGAUGCUGCCGUGACCAUAGCAACGAAAUGAAUGAAUGAAGGAAUGAACGAACGAACGAACGAACGAAUGAAUGAAUGAAUGAGUGAAUGAACGAACCACAAAAAUGAAUUGAUUGGUGAUCAGUCGGUGCUGUCACUAUGUUGAUGCCUUUGGUGUUUGUUGGUGUGUGUUGUUUUGUUGUUUUGUUGUUUGGUCUCAUUUGUUUUGACUUUGCUCUGAGCGAAAAGCUGCCGUGCUACAACGCGUCCCGCAGGUGUGUCUGGCGCAGGGCAUUAUGGGAGGCCUGCCAUUGGUCGCCUUGCUCAGAGCUCAAGGUGACCUUGAAGGUGACACUCGCAUCAUAUCCUGUCACAUGUCUCCCCUGCCUGGCAACCACUGAGGCCCCAGGCGUCAGCACGACCCACAAUGCACCUGUGCUGAGCCUUUUCUGGCACCAAAUCCUCGGAUGGGGAGAACCUGUUCAGUCAUGUUCCUUUCAUGCUAUAUAUAUUAACAUACAUAUAUAUCUAUAUAUCUAUAUAUUUGUAUCUAUUGUUUUGAAUGUGUCUGUGUUGCGUGUGGUUCUCUAUGAUUCAGUAUAUUGUAUAUAUGCAGAUGAUAUGAAAUCCUAUGUUGCUUCUGUUGAUUUUGAUGGAUAUUAUUUUUGAUGUUUUAUGUUUUUAAAAGCUUUUUUGCACACCUACCUCUCCCCCCUCUCCCCUUGUUGGAAGCUUCAGUUGACCUUUGGGAGCAGAAACACAGGACAGAAAGAGACGGAGGGAGUGUGUGUGUGUGUGUGUAUGUGUGUGUGUGAGGGAUUAUUGGUGUUCUGUUGAACCCGUGUACACAAACAACCUCACAGCUCCUAUUCCAAGUGCUUUAGCAUACACACCAGACUCCUGUAUUGUGUAUGCUCAGAUGGCGCUAUCUCUGAUGCAAAUCUGUUAGAUAUUAGCUUAGCUUAGCUUAGCUUAGAGCACACUGCGAACAAGCUCAGCACAAGGUGAGAGGGCAGUAGUAUACGGUAUGUGGUCCAGGUUUGAUGUCUCGAGGGUGUGUAGAUCAGUGUGUUAACGGUUAAUCACCAUUUGGUUGUGCUCGCUACUGAAGAGCUAGCCUAGCUAACUAACAGCCAGCUCCCUCCACAGCUAACUGUGAGCUCGCUAACCGCCUGCGCAAGUCUGUGGGGCUGUGGGUGAGGAUAGAGUAAGAGGGCUCAGCUGAAGUUUGACCUUUCAACUUUGACCUCUGACCCUUCUCUGCUUCCUGUGUCCUGUUGCAGCUGCAUGGUUGGUGUCCAUGACCCCUAACCCCUAACAUUCCAGCGGUGAAUUCAUCUCGUGCGUAAUUGUUUGAUGGCUUGUUUGUUUCUUUGUUUGUGUAUUUUGUGAUCAUGGCUUACGCUCCAUCAUUUCUUUUUGCGUACGUGUCAUAUGAUUGUUUCAUUUUGUUGAUUUUUCAGCUCUGUUGUUGUUUUUGUUUUUUUUAAAGAUUGCCGGUGUUGGAAUGAGUUUCGUUCUCUCAGCUGUGAACUUGAAAAGGCUGUGACGUGUACCUGACGUAUCGUGUACCGAGUGUGUAUGCAGUGGCUGUGUAAAUAGGGGUGUGUGUGUGUGUGUGUGUGUGUGUGUGUGUGAGACUGUGCCUAGUGUAGUGUGCUCUGUGAGUUCUUUUGUUUGUUGUUUAUGUGAUGCUCAUGGUGUUUGCAGGCUCUCUCCACACUCUUUCUCUCUUCUCCCACCUCCUCUCUUUGCCAUCCCUCUCUCUUCUCUCCCUCUUUUGGGGAUGGACAGAUGAGAGGGUGCUCUUAACACCAAAAAAACAAUCUUUACAAUCAGAGAAGGAGGCAUAUAUUUAAUAUAUGUGUGUAUGUAUAGAUAUUUAAUGAAGCACAAAGAAUGGCCAGGCACAAGUACACUCGCACACAGUGUGUAAGGCCCAGGAGCGUUACACAUUGGUCCAUCCACACAAAACAGGAAGCGUAGAUUAGGGCGUGUUAGGCUCACGACUCCACAACUGUAUGAAGUUUAGGAUAUCUACUUAUUAAAGGACACUUUGGAUCAAAGAAUGUAACUUUGAGACUUAAAAAAUGCUAUCACCUUGUGUACUAGAUGUGAGCGAUCCUUAUCGUGUAGUUUAGUAGUUGUUAGGCAAAGACCUGAUCAACAGGCAAGUCUGUGUCGCAGAUACACUGACUAAGGAGUUGAACCAGCUUAACGUAUAUGCAAUAAGACAACAGACUAUUCCUAAACACACUACUGCACACACACACACACGCACUCACACACUCCACCUGAUUCCUCCAAGAGGAACCGUGCAAUCCCGCACUUUACUCACUAGAACCAGACACACACACACACACACACACACACAGGCCCUUAAAAAAAAGACAAGCCUUCUAAAAGAGGGAGGAGGGUGUGGACUCACACGGAUGCACAUAGUCACAAAUGUUUAUGUGUGUGCGUGUGUACGUGUGUGUGUGUGUGUGUGUGUGUGUGUGUGUGUGUCAAAUGAAACUGAAGUACUACAAGUGUCUGUAACUGUUUACCAUGCUGCGAGUGGGCAUGCACACGCAGGGGUGUUGCAUUCCAUGCCACUCAGAUUGUUGUUCAAUAAAAAUCAAAUGACUGAUCCAGCC